AUGUUGUUGAAAGAAGUCCUGCAGCCCCUCGCGGCCACCACCAGCCACCGCCACUGCCCUGGCCCAUCACCAAGCAAAGCCAAAGCUCUGCGGGCUAGAGGCUUCCUCCAGCUACGUGGGGUGAAUGGGAGCCUAGGGAUGCUGGAACAGGCCAGGGCCCGUGGCCUCUAUCAGCGCCUCAGCCUCUGCACCCUGGGCCAGGAGCCUCUGCCUGGCCCCGAAGGGACCUUCGACGUGGUACUGAUAGUUGGCGCCCCCAGUGACGGCCAGGUGCCCUGCAAUGCGAUACCUGAGCUCCUAUGUGUCACCAAGCCAGGUGGGCUGGUGUGUCUGACCACCAGGACCAACUUGUCCAACCUUCAAAACAAGGAGGCUCUGGAGGCCACCCUGGGAAGGCUGGAGCAGGCUGGGGCAUGGGAGCACCUGGUGGGCUGGCCGUGGACUGCUGGGAGCUGCCUACCUCCAAGCUGGAGGUGGUAUCCGGCAUCUCUGCCAAGGAUGGCUUCAUCUUCGGCAUUGUCUACCUGUACCGAAAGCAGAAGGUGGCCCAGGUUGAGGAAGUAA